GUUUAAAUAUCCGGUACGAAACUGAAAGUAGGAGACGACUGACGGUUAAACAUGGCGUCAGGCGAGCGGCUACACAGUUUAUAGUUUAUUAUAUUUGGACUCAUUGUUUGCUGGGAAACAUAGAUUAACAACUUGUCUAUGUUUUCUUAAAGCCGCCGCCAUGUUGUCUUCAGAACAUCAACGACGGAGAAGUCAUGUCGGCGCCGAGGAUCCAGGUUUUUGGGAUUAAAACCUAUUUGAAUAAAGCCGGUUAAAAUUAACAUUAAGUGAUUUUGCGGAGUCUGUAACUACAGGAGACAUGGACUCGGACACGGAAGUGAACAGCAUCUGCAGGCAGGGGAAUAUGGAGGAGGAGAGGAAAAGGUGGAAGAGGCCUCCCUCCAGUUAUGGUUCAAUGAAGAGCGAAGAGUCGGAGGAAGAGGAAGAGAGAAACGAAGAAGAAGUUGCAAUGUUACCUGAUUCAUCUGCUCCGGAGGCGACCAGGUUGCAGCUGAUUCGCUCCAAUUCUCCAGAGACCCUGUACACUAUGAUCACGCAGCAACUGCCACCAGGAGCUGAUGUCAUUGACACCAGGUUGUCUGAUCCGGGAAGUCCUCCAGAAAACGACGAGGAUGCUAUGGAUAAUGUUUUGAGAACUAACUCCCCAGAACCACCUGAACCCAUUGAAUUUGACUCUCCACUGGAGACUGAGGAGAACAGAAGACUAGGCAGACUACAUCCAGAGCAAGACCUGCCAUAUAUAUUCAAGAGUAUCCAGAGUUGUCUGACAAGCCUCACCUGGCAAGAGCUGUUAAAUUUUAAGUUGCGGUUUAUACAAUGUGAACAAGGUUUAACUGAGCAACAAGUGACGGAGGGAGACCUACUGGAUUUUGUCGACAAGAUCCUGGAGAUCCUGGGCCUGGAUCAUGCCCUGAUGCACACAAUAAGUAAUCUAGAAACUAUCGGCAAGAAAACAGAAGCAGAUGAUCUACGGAAUCAGUGCAAGAGAGCGUUCAUCCGUUUUCAUCUGAAGCAGCAGUUGAUCAGAAAACACCAGAUCAUCCGCGAGGGGGUCGUUCGAGCCGGACGGUGGAAUCCUCUGGAUACAAUCUACGUUGAGCCCCAGAUUUCCACCCGUUGCCAUGGAGGAGUCGAUCCCUCUCAUGAGUUCCGAUCACAUCCUGCCUCCCCUCUACAGGUCCCCAGCACCGACACCUUCGUUCGUGCGAACGAGUUGUUCCGACUACAGACUGAUGAUGGCAAACCGGUGAGGACGGUGCUGACCACCGGGAUUCCAGGAAUUGGAAUGUCUGUAUCUGUGGGGAAGUUCUCUCUGGAUUGGGCAGAACAACGAGCCAAUAAGGAUCUGCAGUUUGUCAUCAAACUUUCCUUCCACACUUUCUGGCUUCUGCGAAACAACCUCACCCCUUCCUCUCAGAAGAUGUCCAUCAUGGAAGUGAUAGAAUAUUGUCACCCUGAGUGCAAAGACAUGGCGUUCCUGGAGGAAGACGACUGUCGAUUUCUCGUCAUAAUGGACUCCUUUGACUGUUACCAAGCUCGUCUGGACUGGGAGAAUGCUCCGGUAAUUAAUGACAAUUACACGCAAGCACAUCCUGACGUCCUGAUUGUAAAUAUCAUCCGAGGGACGCUGCUUCACGGUGCCUGCAUCUGGAUCCUGGGUAGACGUGGGGCUGUCUCACAAAUCCCAUCUGAACUGAUAGACGUUGGCACGGAAAUACAAGGCUUCAGUGAUGAGAUGAAAGAUGACUAUCUGACCAGACGCUUUAGCGACGCAGAACUAGCUGCGAAAAUUGUGUCACAUCACAAGCGCCUGCUGACACUCAGCAUCCUCGCCCGCCAGCCAUUUGUCUGCUGGAUGGUGGCCACAGUGUUUGAGCGCUGCUUCCGCUACCAGGGCUACGGCGUGCACCCCCCCAGGCUGACGCCGUUCUACGUCAACAUUUUGAUCGUGCAGACCAAUCGCAGGAAGCAGUUCUACUAUGGAAAGCGCGAAAAUGAACUGAAAUGGUCCAGUGAAGACAAGGACCUGCUGACAAAUAUGGGGCACAUGGCCUUUAAGAUGAUGGAGAGGAAGACCAGUGUGUUCUUUGAAGAGGACGUGAAGCAGUGCGGUCUGGAGUUGACGGAGGUGACGGUGUCGUCCGGCCUGUGCACCGAGCUCCCCUCUGCAGAGUCAGACGGGAGGAGGACGUUCUGCUUCAUACACUUCACCUUUCAGGAGUUCAUGGCCGCCUUGUACGUCUUCUCGAUGUUCUAUGUGGAGUCAAAGAAUGUUCUGGACUUGGGAUCUAGGGGACACUUCCCCAAGAUCAUCAGGCCCAGGUCUCAGGCCAAAUCAGCAGCAAACCUGGUCCAGUGCGUGUUGGUGCGAACAUUCAGCUCCGCUCUUGGCGACUAUGACAUGUUCCUGCGCUUUCUGUGUGGCCUACUCUCCCCGCAUUGCCACAAAAGUCUGCUGAGCAGCUUCCUGUUCCCUCACAACGCUCCGAAGGUGGAUGGACUGGAUGAGGUGCAGCGGCUGCUGGAGCAGACGAUUGACAAGAACCCAGGCGACAGGGUGGAGAACUUAAAGGAGUGCCUUCGAGAGAUGAUCCAGGAAGAUGAGUGAUCAGAAAAUCAGUCUGACUUUAUAUCGAUAUGAUGGAUAGAGGAUAAGUUUCUCUCUUAUGUGAAAAGUGUGAAGCUCAAAUUGCUGAAAACACUGAACUGAACAUGAUUCUGUGUCUGAGUCUAUUCUGAAGAAAGUACCACGUGGACUCUGAGGAGGAAAUGUCUGGAAGUGGUCGUCUGCAGGGCUGUGGGUGGUUACAUCUGGGAAGGGGUUUCUCAAGAAACAAUCAGACUGCUUCCAGAUUUUGUAUUAAGAUGCAGAAGAGAGUGAAGGGGAGAGUUUUUUUCCCAUGACAUUGAACGACUUUGUUUCUCACUAAAUUACGACUUUACUCUCAUCAUAUGAGAUAAUAUAUGGUCGUUAGUACUCCGUUGUACUAAUGCCACUUCUACACAACUCAAAACAAAAUGUUAAUUUAUACAUUCAUGUACGGUGCUUUUUAUGCUAUUCUAAUUUUCGAUGUCUUGCAAUGAGCACUAAGGAAAAUGUGUUUUUCUAUUUCCAUUUACGGCCUUUUCUCCUCGACUAAAUACACAGAGGUGACAAAAGAGCUGUCUUUUUAGAGAAAUGCUAACUUUUAACAGCUAGAGCUACAAGAUGAUUACGUGAUUAGACCGUACAGGAAUGUGCAGGUGAAGCCAUGUAAGGUGUUUGGGAAGGCAUUACACUACUACGUUGACUGUCAGAGGAAAACCAGCUGCUUGGCCACAAGGGGGCGAGCUUGUACUUAAAGUUGUGAACUUGAUUGAAACUGAUACAAUUGAUACUGGCCAAUCCCAGACCAAUAUCACAAUAUAUAAAUGUUCAGCAGGUCACUUCCUGUUUCUCCAAGCUGGCUGGUUGUUAGGAGCUGGACACUCAGCUUCACUCUACAUUCUGAUUCAAAAUGUAUGCAAUCAGUCGUCAGGUUGUUUUUGUCGUUUCGGACAACUUGGAUCAGCAAAGACCGUCCGAAGGAACAAACUGCUUUGAUGACGAGCUUAACAAAUGGAAAUAACUGAACUGAAGCACCCGUCCACACAGUGGUCGGAUGAAAUGAACUUUCUCUAAAUAUUCUCUGUCGGAAUAAAUGUGAAAAUUCUAUUGAAUCUAAAGAACAA